CUGUUUGCUUCCCAGCCUGCCUCUGCCUGUCGCUGAAUAGCACUGUUGUGCGUGCACAUGUGACUACAGAAGGCGCUUACUGGUAUUUAAAAAUCAUCGAUCGGGUGCUGAAGUGGACAGCUCCUCAUGCAGAUAAAACAAACCAAAACAACAAUGGCUCGCUUUGCUCCUCACGGACGCUGAAUGGCGAACCUAACUUGUCCGGCAGCGCAAUUUCUUUGAACAUUUUAAGCUGCUGAAGGGAAAAGGCACCGAGCUCUCUACGCAAACGGUUUGGCGGAUGUUGUGACACCUGUGGCUGAAUCGGGAUCGCAAUUUCAUAAAAGGGUGGUUGGAUUGUUUCACGUUCGCAUCCGUCCUGCAGGAGACGGGCUCCGGAGCCGUUUGAUCUCGUGUGGGAAAACACAAAGGUAAUCUAAAGCCUUUUAGGCUACGGACGCAUUAAUUUCUAAGCCACUCUCUGUAUCUGCUUGCACAGGAAGGAGCAUGGAUAGAGAGGAAUUUUCUCUCACCAGCGCGUUGAGUGGAUUUGGAGAGCGGGUGGUGAGCUCCCGUGGAAACUAAACCGAGGUCAGUGGCUAAAGCAUUGCUCGAAUAAGCGCGCUGUUUGCAGCUGCCCUCUUUUUUAAUCAUUUCAUAUUUUCUAAGAAGGAUAUAGAUUUUUUUUUAUCAGUCAUGGGGAAAGAGGAAUGCAAAACAAUGCUGGACGCUUUGAACAAAGUGACCGCCUGCUACAGGCAUUUGGUCAUCGCUCUUGGGAGCACUUCGGACUCGCAAAACCUGCGAGAGGAGCUGAAGAAGACCCGCAAAAAGGCCCAGGAGCUGGCGGUGGCCAACAGGACUAAACUGACUUCUUUGCUCAAAGAUAAGACCAUCAGCAAAGAGGACCGGGCCGAGUACGAGCGCCUGUGGGUGCUGUUCUCUAGUUGCAUGGAGCUUCUUGAGGUGGACAUGAAAAGGUCCUUAGAGAUAGCACAGGAUUUCCCCCUCAAGGUGCCCACAAGACACCUCAUCCAGACAGGGAUGACCGGCAGCACCACUACGGUGGCGGCCCGGGCCAUGAGCGUGCAGAAUAUGAAGUACGAGGCGGACAGCAAUAUCGACACGGCAGACCUCAGAGACCUGCAGGCCGAGAUCACCCAGGUGAGCCAGAUGAUGGAAGAGAUGGAGAUGAAGGUGCAGGUGGCGCCGUGGGCCGUUGAGGCGAAGCAGGAGGCAGGCGCUGAGCUCAAGUCCAACAUGAGUGUAGGGAAUUCCUCCGUGGGUGUCAUCUCGAUCUGCGAAGAGGAGCCCAAAGAAGAAGAAGGUGGCGGAGGGAGCAGGGAGGCUGGUUUUGCGUCAAUCUGCGCUGUGAUUGGAUUCUUUGUCAUCGUUAUAGUCGCCUUGGUUCUAGGCUAUUUGGUUGUCAAUAUGUGAACUUUCUAACCAAAAGCCCACCCUGAUGGACAUCCUGUGAAGCUGCCCAGGGAGCGGUAAGACUCUGCAGGCCCAUAAGAAAGAGAAAGAGCGUCUUUUUGGGCUUGAAAAAUAAUGUGGACACGGAAAAGUUAUUAAGCUUUCCUGGAUUUGUGAAUGUAUUUGGCGGAGGUGAGAAAUUGCACUAGAUAAGCUAAAAUGUACUAGAAGAAUAUAGCCAAAGUGUGAAAAUAAUGGGAGUGAGGUACAAAAAGUAUUUUUUGGGGGAGGGCCAGUGGGCCAUUUAUUUUUGGAAGAGGGUGGGGAAAAAGGUCAUAAAAUUACGUGACAGAGUCUAGCCAUCAGGAUGAUAUAAACAACACGUAAUCCAAGUGGAUUAGUGGAAAAGCUCAAGCAGAAAUGUAGCCUACGGUUAACUAUUCUCAUGAUGUUCUGUGGAUUGAUGCUUUGCAUUCAGAAAAGUUAGAUCUGCUCAAACAAACAGGAAAAACAUCUAAAGAACGGUUGUCUUAUUGAAACUAUAGUGGAAGCCAGCACAGUUAAUCUCUGCUCCUCAAACCACACUGGUUGGAUGUUAUCAAAUCUGCACUCUUCUACACUCCUGUCAGCACCGUUUAAAUGCGUCAUAAUAAUCUGUAUAGCCAGAUUGUAAUAGGCCUGCAUCUUACUUUACUGCAUCAAAUCACAAUGUGCUUGAUGAGAGCCUUGGGACCGAAGAGAUGUUCACUGUCUUUUAAUAACGCACCCAUUCACUGUAAGCCUGCUCAUGUUCCUUUUCAGGGUUCUCUUGCACAGUGUUGAAUGUACAUUGCAACAUGAAUAGAAGGUUUGUAUAUACUGCUGUUUCAGAUAAUGUACAUACGAUCAAGUAUAUUUAUUAUAAUAAAACUUCGAAACACACUUGAAAAUAUGCUUGUAGUUUGAUAGGUGUUUUACAAACAAUGACCAGGCAUGCUUGUAAGGUCCCUUUGUGUGAAGGUUUGGUAAGUUGUGUACCUGGUAACUCAUAACCAGGCCUAGUUUGUAAUCACUGCAAAGCUAAGCUAGAGAUCUAUACAUCUAACACACAUAGAGAUAUUUUAAGAGGGGAAUUAUCUUAGACUUAACCACCUUAGGUUUAAAAUAGUACUUAAUUUAAAUGGAAAGGAGACUAUGCUUUAACUCCCUAAUAGUUUUACAUCUAAGAGCCUUUAAGGGUAUUCCUGGAUUGGCAUCCAGUUGAACUGGAAGCAGUCAGAGUCAAAGUUUCCAUGCAAGUGGUUGUUAGUUAAGGGUAGAUGCACACUAAGACAGUCUUCUUUAGCCCAACAUAAAUAUGAAUUCAAGUUAGUUAUUAAUUUGCAGAACAGAAACAAGUGCUGCUCCAGAAAUAUUUUCAAGUCACAUACAUUGGUACAUUAGGCUACAAACAACAACCUUAACAUAUAGAGAGAUAAUGCAUCUAAUGCUUAUCAAACCAUCCUAAAAUUCAUAAAAUAAUAUUAUGCAAGGAUUGAAAGCAUCUUCCACUUUUAAACUCCACAGAAGGUUUGACAAAAAAUGUAAAAAGUCGAAAAGACAAAAGUACACUUAAAAACAAAGAUAGCAAAUUUGUUGGUAUAAGCAUGCAUGUAGAUAUUUUCAGAAAGGUACAUGUGGGUAAAAUUUUAAAUGAUGAAAAAUGUUGGUCUAAAAAUAACAAUGGUCAUUGAAACUUUGUCAUAAUUUGGGUUGAAAAUCACAGUAACUUGUAGUUUGAUACUUCCAGGCUAAAAUAUGGAAGAUGGUAUCACACGACUCCAUUUCUUACAUAGCCAUAAUGUCUGUGUAAGUGAAAUAGAAAACCAGAUUUAUGCACAAACACAUUGCAUUUUUGUGUCAGAGUGUGUGUGUGUUAUCAUUAUUAUUCAUUUAAAAAACAAGCCAAUUCAUGUAAGUAGGUGUCUAAUUUUCUUUCCCCAACAGACCACCGUGUUCAUCCUGUGAGUUUCCUCAUCUUCAUUGCAAGUUGGUUAACUUAUGUUCACUAAACUCUCAUUCAUUUGAUGAGCGAAACAACAAACAGUCAUGAAAGUAACGACUCUGGUCAUCAGUCAAAUCAGCAGUGGGUCCAUUUAGAUUGACAAAAGAGCCAAUUUAACUAAAAAUAAUAAUUCAAGAUAAAUAUUUACACAGUUUGAUGCAAAUUUUAAUGAAAAGUCUGUUUAAAUGCUGGCACAUGAAAAGCUGCACAUCACAUGAGCCCUGAUAGGACCCUAAUGAUCAGCUUCUUCACUAUUAAGGAUAUGUAAAACCUUGUAAAGGUAUUCAAGUUUCAGAUUCAGAUUCAUUUCCUGUUUCCAGGAAAUGAAUCUCUCUCUCUUCUCCACCUCUCAAUACAGAAAUCCUGUGGAGAAACAUUAAAAGAAAAUAGUAUAACAAAGUAAACAAAGUAGAUAAAAUGCAAGAUAAUUCAUCUUCUAGCAAAAAAGCUGAAAGCAUUCUUUGGUAAGACUUUGAUGUGUGAAAAUCAGUGGCAUGCUCUACUCACAUCUGAUUCACAGUAGGCUUUCUGACAUCUUGUUUAUCGUUGCUGUCAUUUCACAGAGGCACUAUGCUCUUCUAACAGUGAGUCAUGGACCUUGAAUCUCUCGAAACUCAUGACAGACUUACAUUGUCAUCCGGAAAUCUAAAAAUAUAAAAGCGAUUAAUUAAACAUGAGGAUGAGAGGGAGGAGAUUUAAGUAGAGAAUGAGAUGAAGCAUCCUCAAACGCUGCCCUUUAAAAUU